GGGGCAGAUAUCGAUGUCAAGGACAAUAAAGGUUACACGGCGCUCCAUUACGCGGUUGAGAAAGGGUCUCUAGAAGUAGUAACCUUGCUUUUGGAUCGAGGUGCUGAUAAGGAUGCAUCCAACGAUGAUGGAUGGGCAGUAAUUCAUAUCGCCGUGGAGCGUAAUCAAGAAGAGAUAGUAAGGCUUCUGAUAAAAAGGGGAGUUGAUGUAGGCUCUAGGAUUGAUCCAGCAGGACCCUAG